AUGUCUUCGAAGACUGCAUACUUUCUGGUGGCGCUCCUAGCCAUACUUUGCCUGGUGCAACAAUUUGAAAGCACCUCAGCCGCAUAUUUGCAACACACACGCCGCACGCCGUUGAGUCGUGAGGAAGUUGCAGCUAUAAGGCAAUUGCAGCGCAUUGCCAAUAAUCAGUUGAACUACAAUAAUCGAGAAAACGAAGACGAAGAUGAUGAGGAUGACUCUGAGGAUGAAGAUGAAAAUGAAGAUGAAGAUGAAAAUGAAGAUGAAAAUGACAAUGCGGAGGAUGGAAAUGAUAAUGAAGCUAAUGAAGAUGCCGAAGACAGUCAAGCUCUAAGAGACGAGAAUGCUGAGAACUCAGCACAAAAGAGUGAACAAAAUAAAGCUGAAGGCGUAGAGGGUGAACUAGUCAAAGCUGAAAAGGGCACAGGUGAUAAAGCAAAUAAGGGAAGUAAGAAGCGUAAGGGAAGUAAAAAAGUAAAAAGUAAAGUUCGUAAAGGUCGUAGAGGUCGUAAAAAUCGUAAAGGUCGUAAGGGACGAAAGGGGCGCAGGGGAAGUAAAGGCAAAAAGGGCAAGCGUAGCCAACGCAAAAAGAAAGGCAAUUCUGGUUAA